GGUGAUGACCUGUAUGUUUCCAAUGUUUGGUAUUUCAAUUCUUUGAAGUUCUUAAGGGCUAUUCCGGAAAAAGCUCCACCGAUUGACUACGCAUUAAAUGACAGUUCUAAGCAGACACAAUCCAAUGGGCAUUUACGAAAAAAAAACGAAGAAAGAAAUGAGAUUAUAUCAGAAGCUAUUUCGCAUCUGCCAAGCUCUAAAGAAAUAAAACUAGAUGAAGCAAAUGCUUUAAGUACUUCCUGGGAAGUUCAGUACAGGAAUUUGGAGCGCAAUCAGCAAAUAUAUGCCAACAAAAUGAUCAAUGAAGUUCUUUACCAAGCGACGCUAGGUAACUUAAAUGAAUAUUCCUAUAAAGUAAUUGAACAUCAACAACCAGGUGUAAGAACAAUUUCGUCAGUGGGUCCCAAUAUCCGAAGUUUUACAGUUUCUACAAAUACUAUACCGAAAUAUGAAUUAGAAUCUGAAGUAGAUGAACAUUCAAUAGAUACAAUUUUGUCUACUUCUCCAUAUAAUAAGCAUGAAUCUACAUUCAAAACAGUUAAACGAAAACAGACACGUAUACGAACAGUUUCAUCAGGGAAUUCCAGUAUGUCGAACUAUUCCGCUACUGUUUCACCUGAAGUUAUACAUGUAAAUUCAACCAGAUAUGCUGCGUCACCUUCUCCAGAGUCCUUUAGUCCACAGUUGGAUGUGUUGCAGCCUGAUGUAGCUUGCAACAACCUGAAAUAUGACAGCAUUUCAUUAGACGACUAAUUUUAGUAGUUCAUAUUUGCUUAAUUUAUUCAAUUUAUUUGUAUAAUACCUAAUUCUAAAAUAUGCAAAAUUCUU